AGUGAAUAGUCCUCGCGCGAGCGGGACACGGUGGUGGAUGCAAUUCCGCUCGCCUCCAGCCGCCAGGAGCUCCCAGGCGCCGCAGGCAGCGUCCCCCUCUGAAACAGCUGCGCCUGCACCUGGGCAGCCUGGACCCUCGUGCCCUACCCCCGGGGCCUCGCGCGGGGGGCGCCCCAGGACACCCCCUGCGGGCCGGGUGGAGGAGGAAGAGGAGGAGGAGGAGGAAGAAGACGUGAACUGGGACCCCUACUCUACCCAGGACUUCUGGCUGCACUGCUGCCAAUUCUCUUUAAAGGGAGGAGAAAAGAGCCUGGAGAGCAUGGGGGGCUGCGAAGUCCGGGAAUUUCUUUUGCAAUUUGGUUUCUUCUUGCCUCUGCUGACAGCUUGGUCGGGCGAGUGCAGUCAUGUCUCCAACAAUCAAGUUGUGUUGCUUGAUACAACAACUGUGCUGGGAGAGCUAGGAUGGAAAACAUAUCCAUUAAAUGGG